GUGGAAAUGACCAGCUUGCGCCAGGACGCGCGUCAAACAUCCUAAGCGCACGGACAGGUUUAUUCAAAAACAACAUUUUGAACUUCACCCAGGACAUUUUCUUGAGUGUUGUCCAUCUGGCGAGGAUGGGAAACUGAUGGCCUUUCUCAUGUUGGAGGCUAGCUGUUCACUGUGAAGGUGCAGGAUGAAAAAAUGGCACAGCUGCUUGUACCGCCAGGUCCAGACAGCUUCCGCCCCUUCACUCGCGAGUCCCUCAAAGCCAUUGAGGGACGGAUUGCGGAGGAGAAUGCCAAGAGGCCCAAGGGCGAAAAGAGAAAACGCAAAGAUGAUAAUGAGCUCAAGGCCAGCCGCGACCUGGAGGCCGGCAAAUCUCUCCCUCUUCUGUAUCGGGACAUUCCUAAAGGCUUGGUGUCGACUCCACUGGAGGACCUGGAUCCAUACUACGCUAACCAGAGAACCUUCAUAGUAUUAAACAGAGGAAAGAAAAUCUUCCGCUUAAACGCCGCUCCUGCCUUGUACCUCCUGAGCCCUUUCAACCUUCUUCGAAGAAUAUCAAUCAAGAUUUUGGUACACUCAUUGUUCAACGUGAUGAUCAUGUGCACCAUCAUCACCAACUGUGGAUUUAUGACACUGAGCGGACAGCCUGAGUGGACAAAGAAUGUGGAGUACACGUUCACUGGCAUCUAUACCUUUGAGUUCCUCGUUAAAGUUUUAGCUCUAGGGUUCUGUUUAGGAAAGUUCACGUUUCUAAGAGAUCCCUGGAACUGGCUGGAUUUCACUGUCAUUGUUAUGGCGUAUGUAACAGAGUUUGUGGACCUGGGCAAUUUAUCAGCUCUUCGCACGUUCAGAGUGCUCAGAGCUAUCAAAGCUAUUUCAGUUAUCCCAGGCCUGAAGACCAUUGUUGGUGCGUUGUUCCAGUCAAUGAAGAAGCUUGCCGACGUGAUGAUCCUUACUGUCUUCUGCUUGAGCGUCUUCGCCCUCAUAGGGUUGCAGUUGUUCAUGGGUCAUUUAAAGCAAAAGUGUGUCCGGAUUCCAUCAAACGACACAUUAAACAACAUGACAGAGACGUUCAACAUGACCGCUCACAUGGACAACAAGAGUAAUUAUUAUUACCUUACUGGCAAGAGAGAUCCACUGCUUUGUGGACAUGGCAGUGAAGCUGGGCAGUGUCCGGAGGGUUACAAUUGCACGAAAGCGGGACAAAACCCAGACUAUGGCUACACCAGUUUUGACUCAUUUGGUUGGGCCUUCCUCUCACUGUUCAGACUGAUGACACAGGAUUACUGGGAAAACCUUUAUCAACAGACGCUGCGUGCAGCAGGGAAGCCCUACAUGAUGUUUUUUGUGCUGGUGAUAUUCCUCGGCUCCUUCUACCUGAUCAACCUGAUCUUGGCUGUAGUGGCCAUGUCCUAUGAGGAGCAGAGCCAGGCCACCAUCAAGGAGGCCAAGGAGAAGGAGGAGGAGUACAAGGCCAUGAUGGAGCAGCUGAAACGGCAGCAGGACGUUGAGACAGCAGCUAUCACAGCUUCUGCUGAGACCGGGGAGGUCAGUGACAAAGCUGACGGCACUGCGAGCUCCUCCGAUGUAUCUAAGCUCAGCUCCAAAAGUGCCAAAGACAGACGCAACAGGCGGAGGAAAAGAAAGGAGGAGGAGGGCAAAGAGGCCGAAGAGAAGCUUCCUAAGUCGGAGUCGCAGGACAGUAUAAAGAAGGGUCGCUGCCGUUUCUCCGUGGAGGCAAACCUGCUCAACUAUGAUAUGAAGUGCUCGUCCGCACAUCAGUCCUUUCUGAGUUUUCGUGGACCCCUCUUCUCACCCAGACGGAACAGCAGGACCAGCGUUUUCAGUUUCCGAAGCCAAUCGCAGGACGUGGGCUCAGAGAACGAGUUUGCCGAUGACGAGAGCAGUAUUUUUGAGGACGACCUUAGUCAAAGAGGCUCUUUAUUUCUUCCGCGGAGGUUUGAUCGGCGCAGCAGCAGUAUGAGUCAAUGCAGCUUCUUUUCGCAUCGCCUGUUUCCACCCAGCGGGAUCAAGCGCAGUGCAGUAGACUGCAACGGGGUGGUGACUCUAGUGGGCGGGAAUUCUCUCCCGUCGUCACCUGUGGCGUUUCGUCUGCCUAAAGUGACAGUAGAUACAGGCCCCGACGCAAACGCUGACACCACUGACACAGGGUACAGACAGGCCAUUGGGGGACCAAACCAGGAGUUUAUGGACUUCCUAGAGGGCCCAGAGGCCAGACAGAGAGCCCAUAGUACAGCCAGUGUCAUAACCAGCACCAUGGAGGAGCUUGAAGAGUCCAUGCAGAAGUGUCCUCCUUGCUGGUACAAAUUUGCCCACACCUUCCUCAUCUGGGAGUGUUGUCCAGUCUGGCUAGAGAUCAAGAAGUUUGUUAAAUUAAUUGUCAUGGACCCAUUUGGAGACCUAGCCAUCACCAUCUGCAUUGUACUCAACACAUUGUUUAUGGCCAUGGAGCAUUCUCCAAUGUCCCCAGGUUUUUCCGAUAUGCUGACUGUGGGCAACCAGGUAUUUACUGGCAUCUUCACUGCUGAAAUGGUCCUCAAGAUCAUUGCGUUGGACCCAUACAAUUACUUCCAGAAAGGGUGGAAUAUCUUUGAUGCAAUCAUUGUCACUUCAAGCUUGAUUGAGCUGUCUUUGACAAAAGUGGGUGGCGUGUCGGUUCUGAGGUCCUUCAGACUGCUGAGAGUGUUCAAGUUGGCUAAAUCAUGGCCCACUCUCAACAAACUGAUCAAAAUAAUUGGUAACUCAGUGGGGGCUCUGGGCAACCUGACCCUGGUACUGGCCAUUAUCGUCUUCAUCUUUGCCGUGGUGGGCAUGCAGCUGUUUGGAAAAAACUACAAGGACUGUGUGUGUAAAAUCUCUCCCGACUGCACUCUGCCCCGUUGGCACAUGAACGACUUCUUCCAUUCAUUCCUCAUUGUGUUCCGAGUGCUUUGUGGAGAGUGGAUAGAGACCAUGUGGGACUGUAUGGAGGUGGCUGGGAAGACCAAGUGCUUGAUUGUCUACAUGAUGGUCAUGGUUAUUGGAAACCUGGUGGUGUUGAAUCUGUUCCUGGCUCUGCUGCUGAGCUCAUUCAGUGCCGACAACCUGGCAGCACAGGAAGUUGAAGGCGAGAUCAACAACUUGCAGAUUGCAAUUGGACGCAUUCACAGGGGCAUAGCCUUCACCAAGUCCAUGCUCAGGAGCAGCUGCAACAGCAUCUGUCUCAGGGAUAAGAAGAAAGCGAAGAGUGAUGACAAAUCUCUGGAUGAGCUCCACAAACCUAUGGGGCCGAACGGCAUCCCCAACCACACCAUCAAAGACUUCCCUAAGAAUGGCAACGGGGACGUGACCGGGGUGGACAAAAAUGGAGACAAGUACAUCGUCAGUAGCAAGAGCGAUGAUUCUAUCAUGUGUUUCAUCAACAAUCCUAGUCUGACCGUCACUGUUCCCAUCGCUGUGGGCGAGUCUGACUUUGAAUUCCUCAACACGGAGGACUUCAGCAGUGCCUCAUCUGACCCGGCAGGAUGCCCUGUGAUUGGAGAGGACGACGGGCAGCUCAGCACCUCCGAGGGCAGCACCGUGGACGGUUUGGCGGCUGGGGAGGGAGACUCUCUUGAAUUCGAACUUGAGGAAUCUAUGUAUCCUGAUGGUUGCUUUCCUGAAGUUUGUGUGAAGAGGUUCAAGUGUUGUCAGGUGAACGUGGACGUGGGCUGGUGGAAGGUGUGGUGGACGCUAAGAAAGACCUGUUACCGGAUAGUGGAGCACAACUGGUUCGAGAGCUUCAUCAUCUUCAUGAUCCUGCUCAGCAGUGGAGCUCUGGCGUUUGAAGAUGUCUACAUUGAGAAGAAGAAGAACAUUAAAACCAUGUUGGAGUUUGCCGACAAAAUCUUCACCUACAUCUUCAUUCUUGAGAUGCUGUUGAAGUGGGUGGCAUAUGGCUUUGCCAAAUACUUCACCAAUGCCUGGUGCUGGCUGGACUUCCUCAUUGUUGACGUGUCACUGGUCAGCAUGGUGGCCAACCUCAUGGGAUAUUCUGAAUUUGGUGCCAUCAAGUCUCUGAGAACCCUGCGAGCAUUGAGGCCCCUGAGAGCCUUGUCACGAUUCGAGGGCAUGCGGGUGGUGGUCAAUGCCCUGCUGGGAGCCAUCCCUUCCAUCUUCAACGUGCUGCUGGUAUGUCUCAUAUUUUGGCUCAUCUUCAGCAUCAUGGGAGUCAACCUGUUUGCGGGGAAGUACUACCAUUGUGUCAACAGAACCACGGGGUACCGUUUCCUUUCAUCAGUUGUGAAUAACAAGACAGAGUGUUCGGCCCUCGGCAAUGACACUCGCUGGAAGAAUGUCAAAAUCAACUUUGACAAUGUUGGUAUGGGUUACCUCGCACUGCUGCAAGUAGCUACAUUUAAGGGCUGGAUGGAAAUCAUGUUUGCUGCUGUGGACUCUCGAAAGGCAGGGGAACAACCUGAGUAUGAGAUCAACAUGCUUAUGUACCUGUACUUUGUUGUCUUCAUCAUAUUUGGAGCCUUCUUCGCACUCAAUCUCUUCAUUGGUGUCAUCAUAGACAAUUUCAAUCAGCAAAAGAAAAAGUUUGGAGGUCAGGACAUCUUCAUGACUGAAGAACAGAAGAAAUACUACAAUGCCAUGAAAAAGCUGGGCUCAAAGAAACCACAAAAACCUAUUCCUAGACCAUCAAGCAAGAUUCAAGGAUACAUCUUUGACUUCACCACAAAACAAGCUUUCGAUGUUGUAAUAAUGGUUCUAAUAUCGCUCAAUAUGGUCACCAUGAUGAUAGAAACUGAGGACCAGUCAGAUGCAAAGAAAAAGGCUCUCGAAAAAAUUAACAUUGUGUUUAUUUGCAUCUUCAGUGGAGAAUGUUUGUUGAAGAUGAUCUCUCUCCGUCAUUACUUUUUCACAAAUGGUUGGAAUAUAUUUGAUUUCAUCGUGGUCAUCCUUUCAAUCAUUGGUUGCUUUCUCGCCGAUAUUAUAGAGAAGUAUUUUGUUUCGCCAACCUUGUUCCGAGUCAUCCGGUUGGCUCGCAUUGGACGCAUCCUCCGCCUUAUUAAAAGCGCCAAAGGAAUCCGCACACUCCUGUUUGCCUUGAUGAUGUCACUUCCUGCCUUGUUCAACAUCGGUCUCCUGCUCUUCUUGGUGAUGUUUAUUUAUGCCAUCUUCGGCAUGUCAAACUUUGCGUACGUCAGGAGAGAGUCAGGCAUUGACGAUCUUUUCAAUUUUGAGACGUUUGGCAACAGCAUGAUCUGUCUGUUCCAGAUCACCACCUCAGGGGGGUGGGAUGGCCUACUCGCUCCCAUGCUCAACAAAAAUGAUGAUGAUUGUAACAAAACCAGCGAGCAUCCUGGCAGCUCUGUUAAAGGAGACUGUGGAAAUCCUGCUGUGGGGAUUACUUUCUUCGUGAGCUACAUUAUAAUCUGUUUCCUGAUUGUGGUGAACAUGUACAUUGCAGUCAUCCUGGAAAACUUCGGCGUGGCCACCGAGGAGAGUACGGACCCACUAAGCGAGGAUGAUUUUGAAAUGUUCUAUGAGGUGUGGGAAAGGUUUGAUCCUCAUGUGUCACAGUUCAUGGAGUACAAUAAGCUGUCCGACUUCGCAGACGACCUGGACCCGCCGUUGCGCAUAGCCAAGCCUAACAAGCUCGAGCUGAUGUCCAUGGAUCUUCCCAUGGUGAGCGGCGAACGCAUUCACUGCCUGGACAUCCUGUUUGCAUUCACAAAACGUGUUCUAGGUGAGGGUGGGGAGAUGGAUGUCCUGAGGGGGCAGAUGGAGGAGCGCUUCAUGGCCUCCAAUCCCUCCAAAGUGUCCUACGAACCCAUCACUACCACUCUCCGCCGCAAAAACGAGGAAGUGUCGGCCGUCGUCAUCCAGAGAGCGUACAGACUGUAUGCAAAGAACAAUCCUGCCAGUAAGCCCUCUGACGAACCCAGUGAUGACAUUCAAAAGAAUGAAACGCUCAUUGACAAUGAGGAGGUCAUCACAGACGAACUGAAAAGAAAAUCUAGCACUGAUAAAAGCGAACUAGCCCCUUCGUCUGCCUCUCAACUGUCAUGUGACGGCGUGACGACAAACGGGAAGAACAAAUAUGAAAAAGACAAAAGCGAAAAGGAGGUUGAAGGCAAAGAUGUCCCAGAGCAAGAUAAAUGAAUAUUGGAGAUGCAACAAAGACUUUUUGAUUCACGACAAAAAGGUUUACAACAUUUGAAAGUGGCUGAGACAUCCACUGGACUCUUAUCCUCUGUAUGGAUAUCUAUGCCACACUGACCACGCUUACUUGAGGGUUUUGGUGCCUAUAAAUGGAAAGUUGCUCAAGCAGUGGGACUGUUUUGGCUUCAGGAGCCAUAAUGACUUUUUGAAGACGGGCAACAUUCCUCAAAGUGUUCUGACAGACACGUUAGUUAAUGCUAUGACUUCUACUGCAGCUAGUUCUGCUAUCCAGUGUCUUGAAUUAUUCUUAUAUCACUCGCUGUUGUAUUUCUUUUGUUGACUUUUUUUAAUACGCUUUUUUUUUUUUUUUUACUUCAAAGGGUUCUCCCUUCAGGGGUCGUCUUUACAAUGAGAAAAACUGCUUUAAGGCUCGUCAUGCUAACAGGAAGCACUGAGAAUACUUGACGAAUCCAAGAGAUGGUGUCAGAACUGCUGUAGUUAACAGUAAACCUGCAUGAAUGUUUCUCCAUGAUUAUGCAUGCUAGUGUUCUCUUUUCAUCAGGUUUUCUCUCCCUUUCCAUCAGUGCUUCAUGAAACCACGAUACAGUCAGGAUACAUUUCUACACCUUACAGAAAGAGCCUGAGGUCCAAAUAAAUCCACUCAUACUCAAGUACAGUGUGUCUGAGCAUCAGUCCCAUAGCGGUAACACUUGGCAGAAAUACUUUGCACAUUCAAUUUUGUUGAAUCAUAAAAAUCAUUCAUGUGUUAAUAAUGUUGCUCAAUCGUUAUCAUGAAACAAACCAAUCCUUAAUCGGGGGUUUGUCUUUAAAAACUGGAAAUUGUAUGCCAUGGGCUCACUUUCUCUAAACCUGUUUUAAGUUACCUCGCUCAACACCAGACCCACGGCAGUUUGCUUCAGGAGAACUUCUGUGUUUUUGUCAUUUUUCUUUAUAUUUGGAGGGGACAACAAUGUCACUCAAAAUAUCUGAUUCUUCCAAAAAUUAAGAUGUCCUCCAUGUGUCGACCUUCUCCUCGUGUUUUUUUCCUUUUUGAUGAUGAACCUCAGUGUGUAUUCUACUUUGAUUAUGAGAUAAUGGAGCAUAAACUAUUGUAUUGCAUUACCUCUGAUAUAAAAAACAGAUUCAUCCCCCAGGUUCUGCUUCAUUCAGGCUGACAGGUACAUGCAGCGGGAGAUGUGAAAACUGUCAUAUGGACUUCUUAAUGAGACAAAUGAUUGCUGGUGAUGUUAUGUAGUUUUUCUUUCGAGGCUGUUUUUAUUCAACGGCAUGUAUUUAUUUAAAAUUUUUGAGUGAAAAAAUGGGAUGACGAUUUAUUUUUUGUUUUUGUGUGCUUUGUGAACUGUAUCACACAGGUUACCUCUCGAUUUUUAUCAUGAUAAAUAUCUAAAUAGGAUGAAGACGACUCAGAAUAUUCUGAAUGAUCGUCUCAAGGACACGGCAUCACACAUCUCACGUGCCCUUGGCGGUUUCCUACUUCUGUUUACAUUUCAUAAGGGCGUUCAGUUGUGUUGCUUCUGUCCCUUCUUCCCAUCACCAUCCGCCCGAAACUGUGUCACGGCUGCAUCUGUCGUUUAGUAUGUUAUAAAAGUGUAAUUCCAUUCAUGUGAGUAUAUUUUGCAUGAUGUAUUAAAACCUUUAAUACGUGUACUUUGUGCAUAAUGAAAGAAUGUUUUGAUUACAUAGAGUUAAAUACCUCCCAUCAUUCAAAUGCAUAAUGCUUGUAGUGUAUAAAUAAACUGCAUGUGAGACACUGCUAUAACCCAUUUCAAUGAAAAGAAUAAAGAUGUCAUGUACCUCAA